GCCGGCCGGAAGCUCCCGCCUCCCCGGGCGAAGGCCGUGGGGCCGCCGCAGGUGAGGCCGCCGGGGUGCUGCAGGUGUUGGGCGGCUGCUCCCGGGCCGGUGAGCGCUCUCCGCCCGGCUCGUCCUUCUCCGGCGCCGGCUUCCCUUGGGACCCCGCGGCGUUCCCUCCCGUCGGGUGAGCCGAGCGGGGCCGGGGAGCGCCCGGGGCCGGGCUGAGCGCCGGCCAUGUCGCGGAGCUCGCAGGGCGGGCGGCCCGGCAGGUCUCCGCUGCCCCUUGGGGCCAGCCCCGGGUCCGCCGCCGCCCCGCCGCCGCCGCCCCCGCUGCCCCUGCAGCCCCCCUUCGGCCCCGGCGGGGUCAGCCCGGGCCCCAGCGGGGCGGCAGAGCUCAAGCCGGUUCGGCGGUUCAUUCCUGACUCGUGGAAGAACUUCUUCAAAGGGAGACGCCACCCCGGCUCCAGCUGGGAUAGCACGGCCUCCGACAUCAGGUACAUCUCGGACGGGAUCGAAUGCUCGCCGCCCGCCUCUCCCACCCCGCUGCAGCCGGGGACCAAGGCGGUGCCUGGCUCCUACACGGACCCAUUCGGGGGGUCGGGCGGCAGCUACAACUCUCGGAAAGAGGCCGAGGCCAUGCUGCCCUCGGUAGACCCCUUGGGCUCGCUGGAGCGCCGCGCCGGCACUGGGCAGACGUACAGCGAGCGGGUGGAGGAGUACCACCAGCGGUACGCCUACAUGAAGUCCUGGGCAGGGCUGCUCAGGAUCCUCGGCGUGGCCGAGCUGCUGCUGGGCGCCGCCGUCUUCGCCUGUGUCACCGCCUACGUGCACAAGGACAACGAGUGGUACAACAUGUUCGGGUUCUCGCAGCCCUACGGAUACGGGGCGGGCAGCGGCUAUGGGGGAUACUCCUACAGCGGGCCCAAAACGCCUUUCGUCCUGGUGGUGGCGGGAAUGGCGUGGAUCGUCACCAUAGUGCUGCUUGUGCUGGGCAUGUCCAUGUACUACCGAACUAUUCUCCUCGAUUCCAACUGGUGGCCUCUGACCGAGUUUGGGAUCAAUGUGGCCUUGUUCUUCCUCUACAUGUCGGCUGCCAUAGUGUACGUGAACGAUACCAACCGAGGUGGGCUCUGCUAUUACCAGUUGUUUAAGACGCCGAUAAAUGCGGCUUUUUGCCGUGUGGAGGGCGGUCAGACUGCAGCAAUCAUCUUCUUGUUUGUCACGGUGAUCAUCUAUCUAAUUAGUGCGGUGGUUUCCCUAAAGUUGUGGAGGCACGAAGGGGCCAGGAAGCGCAGGGAAUUAAUGGAACAGGAGAUGAAAACACAGUCCUCUUUUCCAGAAAAGAAGUAUGAAGAUGAUGAUGGACCAAGAGAAGAAGUCAGUUACAGGCAGCUCAAAUCACUGGAGAGAAAACCAGAGCUGCUUAAUGGUCAUAUACCUGCAGGCCACAUUCCUAAACCUAUAGUGAUGCCAGACUACUUAGCGAAAUACCCUGUAAUUCAAACAAAUGAAAUGAGAGACCGGUACAAAGCGGUAUUCAAUGAUCAGUUUGCUGAGUAUAAAGAACUAUCUAUGGAAGUUCAUGCUGUAUUAAAAAAAUUUGAUGAGCUGGAUGCAUUACUGAAACAGCUUCCACACCAUCCUGAAAGCAUAUACGAACAGGAAAGGAUAUCAAAAGUUCUACAAGAAUACAAGAAGAAGAAAAACGAUCCUGCAUUUCUGGAGAAAAAGAAGCGUUGUGAAUAUCUGAAGAAUAAGCUUUCUCACAUAAAACAACGAAUUCAGGACUAUGACAAAGUUAUGAAUUGGAAUGUAGAAACUUAGCAAUGCCUUGACUUCAUGGAUAAACAUUUUCUGUUUUUAAAAUCUAUAUACGUAUUUUAACCUAUUUAUUUACUCUUUGAACAGUACACAUAUGGGGAUUACUUAAUCACUGUCAUAUAUUUGGAUAUUGUACAUUCCUGAUAGAUUUUGUAUGCAGAUCCAAUUGUAAUUGAAGUUGUAAGUUAAGAAACCUCUGCUAACAUUCUGCUUACCUUAGUGCAAAUCCUGGCCUCUUAAAUAUGAAUACUUUAUUUGAAAAUACUUCAUUUGCAAACUUGCAAAACCAGAGAAAGCAGUUUCCAAAUACCUUAUAGAAACUUUGCACAGAAAUGCUGUUAACAAUUUUGAGUUUUAUUUAUAUGUGACAUCUUAAUGAUAUCAGAAAGAGCUGAGCUUUCUGUGUGGGGCUUGAUGCACUGACUAAUUGUAUUGAAUAAUUUGGUCACUUUGGAAGCUAGUUUAAUAAGAAUUUUUUGUAUUUUAAUUCCAAAUGUUGUACAUUUUACCAGAAGUCAUCUUGAAUUUUGCCCAUUAAGAGAGGAAGAAUAGCUUCUUAUUUAAGCAGCUGGGGGAGGGGGACUUGGGUUUGAUUUUUGUACUGCCCUCUUUAGAGAUGAUGCAACAAAUGUGUACUUGGUCUUAAAGGAACAGAUGUACAGGAUAAGACCUAUUAAUGUUCUAUUAGUGUUGCUAUAGGUCGGUGUGCUGUGCCUACCUUCUGCAUCAUGCUGUUAGGGGUAUGCAUGUUUAAGGGCUUCACUCUUCAUCAGCAAGUAACAGGACUUUUUGUCUCUGCAGCAGCUGUUAGUGAACUUGGCAUUCAGAGAAUAAGUACAGCACAGUACAAAAUUCAUUCUCAUUCAAAGUAUAAAUAGUUAGAGUCCUCUUUAAGGCCAGAGAAAAUGUAUUAGAAGACAUACUUUCCAGAGCAUAUUUGCAUAAAUUUUCUAUAUAUUUUUAUAUUUUCUUGGGGAUAUUAUGCUGGGGAUCAGUUUGUAUGUGCAAGUAUUUUCAUAAGUGAGUAAUUUUUCUCUUUGUAUCCUUUUUCAAAUCUUUAUUUACUUUACUAACUUUUUUUAUUUACUAAAAUUGCUAGAAGCAUUGAUAGUUUUUGUACAGUUUUCUACAACUGCAAUUUGUUCUGAAAUAUGUUUUUUAAUAUAAAAAUACCCCACCAGAGUAGCCAUAUUACUCUAUUGCUUAUAAAGAUACUUUAUUUGAAAAAGGUGCUCUGAUUACAGUUACUGCAAAUUUUUGUUAGUCAUUUGGUUUCUUCUUUGAAAGAAAGUUUUUAACUUCUGCCUUAAUUUAAAGGAACAACAUCAGGAAAGCCAUUUCCAGUUUAGUAUGGUCAUGGUAAUACUACCUGUGCUUUUCACUGCUGGAAAUGCAUUAACAUACCUCACUCUGACCAUUGUAGACCUUCUGGUUUUUGGCCCUUAUCAUUCACACUGCAAUCCUGAUGGCCAUGCACCCACCUUCGCAUUUGUAAAAUUGACAUUCCAAUUUUAUCAGCCACUUAAUUCCAAGAGCUUUAGUGCAUGAGGUAAAUAGCACAAGAUGCCAUGGGAAUGCUGAGAGAAUUUGAAAGUUUGGCACCUCUUCAUUUCAAAGCCUUCAGUCUUAUCUACCUGGAAGGUGCCUCAGUAUUUUCAUCAUUCUGAGAACAGGUGACAGCCAGUCUAUGCCUUGUUCUCUCUCUCUUGUCAAUGCCUUUCUCUCUGGUUCUGGUUUGUAUUCAUUUCAAAGGAGAAACUGCUCUUCCUUGUAAAGGAGAUGGGCCAAUUUUUUAUACUUGUUGUGCUGAAUACUUGUUAAAUUGUUCUUUGUAAGAGAAGUACUUUUCCACGUCUCCACAAUCUAAAUAAAUGACCUCUCACUGUACACCCAGGUUUCUCAUUUUUUCUCAUUGAGAUUUCUGGGCAUUGCAUCAAUAACAGAAGAUUAGUUCAAGUUUGAGGAUCAACUGGUGUUGAUUAGGUGCUAACAAUAACACAACAGGUGUUUUUUUUAGAAGAUUGACAGUCUGCACACUUAAUAGGUCUUCUUUCUGUAGGUCAGUGAGACCCAGCUCCAGGCUCCUUUUGACAGUGGUCCGAAUUUCAGACUCUGAGAAACUGGCUCCUGGUCCCUCAGACAGUGUCUGCAUAGACUGUGGAGAACCAUCGUGUUGCUUGUUUCCUGCAAAGUUUCCAGCAAAUGGAUUUGGAAAAGGGGACACCAUACCUGUGCCUGGAGUGAGGAGAUUAAGGGGCAACAUCUGUAUGUGGAUUCUCAUGUUUCCCACCAAGAUGCUGCAGGUGUGGCCAAGUAGAUUUUCCAAAUGCUGGGAAGAGAAGCUGGGAGAGAAAUAUUCUCUUCUGCCUGCCUUUUGGGUUCUAAGCAGGGUUAAUGUAGGGCACAACAGAAGUAAGCUGCCAUCCUAAGGUACGCAGGCCAUCCUAAGGCUGCAGCAAUAUGUUGCAACCAUUACAGUAAAUUACUUGCUCAGUCCUGUGUCUGUUACAGGCGUCAGGGCUGUAGCCCUUCUGGUGUGUACAAUCCAUGCUCUUGUUUUGCCCUAACCUACCAAUGGACAGCUGAAAAGGGUCUUGUCUACAAUGCCACAGAUGUGCUGGAGAAAAAGUGUUAGUCUAAGAUUAGUCUUAAUGUUCAUUUCAGAGAAAUUGAGAUUAAUGAAAUCAGAAUUAAUGGCUGGAAGCUGAAGCAACUUGGAGCAAGGCAGAAAUUAGGAGGAAGGUGAUGGGAGAAUUCCUCAGUCUGAGUUACCAUAAGAACUAUCAAGGAAAGAGGUCUCUUGUUAUUCAUAAAGAAUAGAAGGCAUACUCCAGACAAUACUGAAGUUUUUAGAUGAUUAUCACCUCAGUCUCUCUGUGCAGCCCCUCUAGGCUCAACUCUGAAUCUACACUUUUGCACACGUGUAAAACAAUGUGCUGUGCGGUCUUAGCCAUGUGACUGGGUUUUUGCAGAAAGUAGUUAACACUUGAAUCACCAAGGAAGACUGCCUUACAUCAGUGGGGUUGCUUUUCAUUACAGACUUCCUCAAACCCUGAGUGUAUACAACAAGAAGUUUUAUCCUUCAGUCUUCCUCUUAGAGAACGCUUGUCUGAUCUACAAAUCUUGGUCUACAGAUCUACAAAUCUUGAUGGCCAAGAUUCUUAGCAUUUCUACAAAUAUUAUAGUUUCUAAACUGGAUUUGUGUUUCUUCUUGUCUUUGUAAGCAGUUGGGUAUCCUAGAUCAAAGUAAUUAUGUCAAGAUUGGCAUACUUUUUACUAAACUAUACAUUUUUUUCAGACCAGAUAAAGCAGUGACUAACAAAUGUACCCAAAAUUUUGUCUUGUGCAAUAGCGUGACCAGCUUUCAUGACAGCAUAUUGACUACAAAUGCUCAUGGCAAUGAAAAACCUAAUUGCUUUGGAAUUGUAAAAUAAGGUAUCCAGUAUGUUAUUUAUUAAUUUCAAAAUCGUGGUGGGAUUUCAAGCACUUGUAAAAUCAAGUUUUACAAAAUUACUGUAUAUCCUGUGCUCCUGUCCAGCAUUGAAAUUCUUGGUCUUGAGAAUAAAAAUAUUCCUGUUCUGAAAGAA